UAGUUGUGAAACUUUAAUAUAAAUUUAAAAGAAAACAAUGUCCACUACUGCAUCAGCAUUCAAUGAAAGAGAUGAUGAAGUAGACGAUGAUAAUGACACAGAUGAUUAUAAUCCACAAGCAAAAUUGAUAAAAACACUGGAAAGAAAUGGAAUUACAGCAGGUGAUAUUAAAAAAUUAGAAGAAGCUGGUUACCACACUGUAGAAGCAGUAGCAUAUGCCCCAAAGAAGCAUCUUAUUUCUAUCAAAGGUAUUAGCGAAGCUAAGGCAGAUAAAAUAUUGCAAGAAGCAUCAAAGUUAGUGGUAAUGGGUUUUAAGAGUGCCACAGAGAUACAUCAAACACGUGCAAACAUUGUUUAUGUUACUACUGGUUCUACAGAAUUGGAUCGAUUAUUAGGUGGAGGAAUUGAAACAGGUUCUAUCACAGAGAUUUUUGGAGAGUUUAGGACAGGAAAAUCUCAAUUAUGUCACACAUUAGCAGUAAAUUGUCAGUUACCUAUAGAUAUGGGAGGAGCAGAAGGUAAAUGCCUUUAUAUAGAUACAGAAGGAACGUUUAGACCAGAAAGAUUAAUUGCUGUUGCUGAAAGAUACAAAAUUGCUGGUGAUUCUGUUCUUGAUAAUGUCGCUUGUGCUAGAGCUUAUAAUACAGAUCAUCAAACUCAAUUAGUAGUACAAGCUAGUGCAAUGAUGACAGAAUCCCGAUAUGCUAUGUUGAUUGUAGAUAGUGCAACAGCUCUUUAUCGUACUGAUUAUUCUGGUAGAGGUGAAUUAUCAGCUAGGCAAAAUCAUUUAGCCAGAUUUUUAAGGAUGUUGUUACGAAUAGCAGAUGAACAUGGUGUAGCAGUUGUUAUAACUAAUCAAGUAGUAGCUCAAGUUGAUGGUGCAGCUUCUAUGUUCGGUGGUGAUCAAAAGAAACCUAUUGGAGGUAAUAUCAUAGCACACGCGAGUACAACUAGAUUGUAUUUACGUAAAGGUAGAGGAGAAACAAGAAUAUGUAAGAUCUAUGAUUCACCUUGUUUACCAGAAAGUGAAGCAAUGUUUGCUAUAAAUGCAGAUGGUAUAGGAGAUGUGAAAGAAUAA